AUCUCAAAGUGCACGUGUUGGUAAAAAGAUUCUUGUGCUUAUUUCGUUUUGCAUCAUGUUCAAAAACGUAACGCCGGAGAGAGCCAUAUACUUAACACAGCUCAGCAUAGCCCUAAACUGUUCUUGGCCGCUACCGCCGACAGCCACCAAAUCUCAGGUGAUCUGUUUCAAAGUCUACAGAUUUCUAACGAACACAUGCGCUUUUAUAUUCGUUCUCCCGCUAUUUUACUCGAUGUACAUAAACCGUGACGACUCGAUCAUCCUGACCAGGGUGGCGUGCUUCAUCGAUGCUCUCUGUCACGUCUACGGUCAGGCGGUCUUAAGCAUUCUUCACUAUGAUCGGAUUCAGGCGGUAGUCUAUCAAAUGACAGAGUACUGUGCGAACGCAACGUCUCUCGAAAGAUCAAUUCUACAACAAUACCUGGACAAAUAUGCAAAGUAUUACGCGAUGGCUGCGAUGUGGGUUUACGGGACUGGGACUUUCAUCGUCGUAGGAAACCUGUUCGUACCUCAGCCGUUCCCAGUAGAGGCGGAAUACCCGUUCCCCGUCGACUACGAGCCACUGAGGACCGUGAUUUUCUUGCACCACGGUUACGUCGUGAUGCAGUGCGCCGCCGUCGUGUGCAUCAACAUGUUCGCUGCGCUGCUUUUGUUUUUCGCGGCGGCGCGGUUCGAAAUUUUAAUGGUGGAGUUUCGCGCCGUACACAAUAUCGAGACAUUGACACAGUGCGUGCAAAAGUAUUACCGCGUGAGAAGUUACGCGAUGGAAGUGGUCAGUGUUAUACAGUACACGGCUAUUUAUACGACAAUGAUGGCCACAUUACCACUCGUUCUAUGCGGUCUCAACGUUAUCGGUCGACAACCACCCAUGGUAAAAAUGCAGUUCGUGUUCUUGGCUGGGACCGUAAUGUUGGAAGUUUUCAUGUGCGCGUGGCCGGCUGACAAUCUGAUGGAAGUGAGCGAAAACGCUAUCCGAAGCUUCUACGAGUCAACGUGGUACGAUGGAUCUGUGAGGUUUCAAAAAAAUUUGCUACUGUCUCUGAUGCCUCAAGAGCCGGUAGCCAUUAGCCUCGCGUGCCUCAUUCCAGUCCUGUCGUUGAGAUAUUAUUGUUCGUACGUCUCGAAUGCAUUUUCCAUCUUUACUGCUUUGAGACUCGUAGUGAAUGAGGAUGAGUAA